ACGUACCUACCUAAAAGUUUUUGAAUUGCAAUUUUAUCAACUGGAAAAGACUGUAGCAUAAUGAGUUUGAAAUUAUGACAGCACAAUAUUUAUUGUUUCAAUUUACAUGUAAAUAAAAUAAUAAUAAUCCUAAACACUUGUAAAAGUUAGGUUAAGAUUUUUGACUUGAGAAAACAGAACUGUCAAAUUUAAAACCAAACUGCUAUUGGCGAGGAACCGCAAAGUGGGCGACGCCUGGUGGCAAAUUUCAAAAGCAUCAACUCUAGGAAAACAUUGAGUUUGCCAUUAAUUUGUGUACAAAUUUGUUGCUGUUUUAUAUUGUAAUUAACAAUGACUUCGACUUCAAAAAGUUAUUGUAGUGUUCCUCAAUGUUCAUCCUAUUGGAAUUCACAAAUUUCCUUACAUAGGUUUCCGUUGGACGAGAAUAUGAGAAAACUUUGGCAAGGUGUUUUGCGAAUCGACAAACCUAUAACCAAGGGCAUGACAGUGUGUAGUUUACAUUUUACUGAAAACGAUUACUUUCCAAUAACACCUCAAACUAAAUUGAAAAGACUGAAGAAAAAUGCUGUUCCAUCCGCUAAAUUGCCCCAAAGGUCUCAUGAAGUUAUUUGUAGAAAACGUAAGGCUCCAAGGGAAAGAAUUGAUACAGAAUCAAACAGUCCUAUCAUAUUAAAUCAAGAUCCUGUGCCUGCCAAGAUAAGUGCUGCAAGUCACUAUGAUCCCGAGCCUGGCUGUAGUACUAGUCACUAUGAUCCCGAGCCUGGCUGUAGUACUAGUCACUAUGAUCCCGAGCCUGGCUGUAGUACUAGUCAAUAUGAUCCUGAGUCUGGCUGUAGUGUUACAACUCCACAAAACAUAUUUAAAUCUUACGACAAAUCUACACAAACAGCAAGCUGCAAGGAGAAAUCGAAAUAUGAUUUGCUACCCUUUAUCAAUACAGAUAAAAAAAUGGUUGCUUUCACAGGUGUCAAUAUAGACACUUUUGAAUUAAUUUGUAUGUGUGUCUUAAACACUGUAAGUGACAAUGGUAUUGUUGUAAAGAAUUUGCAAGUGGAAGUUUUGCUAGUUUUAAUGAAAUUAAAAUUAAAUUUAUCAUUUAUAUGUAUAAGUACUCUCUUAGACAUACAACUUAAUAAUUGUAGAAAAAUCUUUUACAGAAUGGCACAAGUUCUCUCUUCUGCUUUAGAAUGUGCCAUAUAUUGGGCUACAAAAGAAGAAAUAGUAGAAAAUUUGCCAAUUUGCUUUAAUAAAUUUAAAAAUACACGAGUUAUCCUUGAUUGCACUGAAAUACCAGUGCAAAAAAGCAAAUCAUUGCAAUAUCGCAUUAAGACAUAUUCACACUAUAAAAAGACACAUACGAUAAAAACCCUAAUAGGUAUAACUCCAUCGGGGUUAAUAUCCUAUUUGAGUCCUUGUUACGGAGGUAGGGCAUCCGAUAAACGUAUAUUUUUAAAUGAAAAAGUUUUAUUAAAAUUAGACCCUAAUGAUGCAGUUAUGGUGGACAAGGGAUUUUUGAUCGAAAAGGAGUGUCAAGAACAUUUGGUCAAAUUAAUAAGACCUCCCUUCUUAAAAAAAAAACAGCAACUGUCUAAACAAGAAUCAGUUCAGACAGCUGAAAUUGCAAGGGCUAGGGUACAUGUUGAACGUGCAAUUCAGAGGAUAAAGGUAUUUAAAAUUAUGAAAGAACAAAUUGGUACUUACCUUUUGCCAUAUUGUGAUGACAUUUUAAAAAUAAUUUGUGCCAUUAUAAACAUCUCUAGCUCUAUUUUAAGUAAAAAUAAAUUUUAAUGUCUUUAAUGUAAUUGACUGUAAUGUAAUUCUUUUUUCUAUGACCGUUCAAUAAUAUCCUCAUUAUUCACUAUUUUUGAAUAGAUAGUAACACCCAUUACUUUACCCAUGAGUAAUAGUUCAUUACUCACCGGCUCAAGUUAGGUUCAAGUGGUGAAUGUCACGUUUAAUAUUAGUCUUAUAUAAACUGCAAAUAAAAUUAUUUAACUUGUUUAUUUAUAACAAUGAUUAUUGUAAUUUAUAUCAAUAAUUAACUUCGAAAAACGUUUAAAUAAUUGUUAAUUAUAACACUGGGUCGGUAUAUUUUUUACUUUUAUACCUUGUUUACUAUUAUGAAUUUUGAUGUUUAUCAUUUUCAAUGAUAGUGUAAAGGGAUUUAAAUAAGCAUCCAUAAAAUAAGGGUAUUUAAUCCACUAGUAAAUAAUAGAUCAGUUUAAUUUUUAAAGUCUCAAAUAACAAUAUUACAAUAACAAUCUUAGUCAAUGUUUUGAUUAUACUUAACAGGGGCAUUUAAUAUCUAUGUAACUAGGCUGCAUACCGAAAAACCGCAAAGUAGACAGAAAGUUGUUGUUAACAAUUCACGGUUGUAUUAAGUAAAUAAGGAAUCAUAACAAACAAAUAGACAUUAGUUAUACUUACGAAAAGCAGGAGAGAGAAUAUUGUAAGAGACUUUGGUAUUGUUCAGGUGACGCAACUAACAUCAGAUACCAGCUCAGUACUAGUUACUGUUGUUACUUAGUGAAUAAAUAAAUACAUAAACGAGACAUUAGCGUAUUUGCUGUGUUUAUUGGAAUUUAAAACUGAUAUUGUGUCUAUUGUAUAAAGUUACAUAUUAUAUUAUUAUGUUAUAAAUAGUUAAAUAUAAAUGUACAUUAUAACUUUAUAAAAUAUGUCCACCAAUAAUAGCCAUUUCCUAUGUAUUACAAUGACAGUAGGUACAAAUUUGUACCUAUAAUUUUUAGGAAAUGAAUAUAACUUGAAUUGACUAUUUCUUAUAUUGUUUACAAUACAUAAUUAAGACAGCAUUUUUGUUAACAGUAAGCAACCAAUUAUCUGUAUUGGUAAAUAAAGUUUGUGUAAAUUAUAAUUUUAAUCUCGAUAGUUGAUAAUUAUAUUUUAGUAAAUAAAAUAAAAAAAGGUCGUGGAAAAAGUAUAGUAUUCUACUUGCAUGUAAUGGCUAUUUCUCACUCUGAUUAAUUAAGACACUUGCCUACUGCUCGUGUUGCAAACUUCAUUAGUGUGAGUAAUAGCCAUCAUUACAUGCUCGUUGAAUAAUAUAAGUUAAUAAUUUUAAUGUACCUACUAUAAUAAAUACUGUACCUACGUAUUAAAAUAGUGUAUAGUUUUACAUUUAAUUUACAUGUUAUUUUAAAAGAAUUGAAUGGGUAUGAUGUAAGCCUAGUAUGUUGUAAGCACCACAAUGUUUUUGAGAAGUCGAAGAAAAAGUUUUAAAAUUGUGAUAAUGGUGAGUAAUACAAUUUGUAAUUUGUAUUUACAAACUGUAUGAAACCUUUAAAAUGUAUAAGUUUAGCAUUGUUAUAAUUUUAAAACUUUUUUUUCUGUUUCUUUAAAACAAGUGAUAUGGUGCUUACAUUAUUCGGCGGAUCCAUUCAAAUUUUCAAAUGUAUACCAUGUUUGAAAUAAAUAAUUUUUGACACA